UGCAAUGUUUGAAUCCCGCCCACACGCAAACAUUUUCUCUCUCAGUGACAGAAAUGUGACAUUAAGGAACCAGGAGGAAGUUACAUCACAUUUCAUCACAAACGAUGAAAUCUGACUGACUGAGCAAACAGUGGCUCAUUAGACCCCGACCGAGAGAGAGAGCAGAAUGUCUGCGCUCAGGUGGAUUCACAUCUCUCUGUUUCUGAUGCUGCUUUAUGCGACAGCCGGAACUGGAAAAUUUUCCGCCUUCACUGUCAGAGAGGGUGCUGAUGUCACUUUACCUUGUCAAGAUCUGGUAUAUGAUACGAGUAGCUGUGACACUGCUUCAUGGUUCUUCAGUAGUUAUAUCACAGAAUUAUCUGUGGUGCUGGUAAGAAAUGGGCUGAUUGUUUCUGGACCUACAUCAGGCAGACUGGCUCUGACAAGGACGUGCUCUCUGGUUAUAAAGAAGGUCACAGUUGAGGAUGGCGGUAUUUACACCUGCAGACAACACAGCAGGACUGAUGUUCGCCUGGUUGUAAAGACUGGCGAAGCUGCAACAACGACAAGAUCGACAACGACAACAACGACAACUACGAUGCCACCAACAACAGCAGCACCAAGAACGUCACCACCACCACCACCACCACCACCACCACCAUCGACAACAACAACAACAACAACAACAGCAACAGCAACACAGGAAGCUCGUACAGAUUGUUCUGUGGUGAACUACAUAAUGUUGGUGAUGCGUGUGGCUGAACUCGUCCUCAUCACUGUGAUCACUGUUCUUCUCAUCAGAGCUCGAGGGAGGCAGAGACCACCCGAUGACAACACUGUUUUAAACUCAGGAGGAAGCAGAACUGUGAGGCGUUCAGGUGCAGCAGCCAGUCAGCAGCAUCAUGAUGGAGGAGGACAUGGCGGCACAGUGACCUAUGAAAACAUUGGAGACCCUUCUACUUCUGUUUAGCUCUACAACUCCCACACCAAGCCUCCACGUUUUACAGUUCGUAGCUUCUCUGCAGCUUUGUAGUCCAGCAGAAGCUGAUUGGUUGUGCUGAUGCUGAUCUUCAGGUGAUUGUUGUUGCUCCGUGUGAUGAAGCUCUCUGUCAGUCCUCUGGACUCCUCUGGACAAACAGUCUCUAAGUGAAGACAACAUGUUUCUCACUGGACAUUAUUCACUGGAAUCAGACAUUUGAAUAUAUAGUGAGAACUUCCAUUUCACCAAAGACUCACUUAGUGUAAACUUAAUAAAUGCUUCACUACAUGUGUUCUAUGAGUCAGAACAGACAUGAAUGUGAAAGAAAUUUGACUGUUUGGUGGAGGCUGUUUGGUGGUAAUUCUACUUCUGACUGCCUUUUUGAUUUGUAAGCAGGUUAGCGUGACCCCACUCUCAUCACUCUGUGUGCAGACAGACUCAUUUUCAUGAACUUUGUUAUGGACUUGCUGGUUUCCAAUGGAGUUCAAUAUGUUUUUUUCUAAUGUUGCAGCGUAGGCUUGAAUGAGCUUAGAUUCUUAAUGUACACAGUGACAGUGUUGACUUGAUUUUUACUGAUAAUAUAAUCUGCUGAGACAAAAAAAAAGUUAAAUCCUCACGUAUAAAUGUGUUGGAAUGAAUUGUCAGGUCUUUUACAAUAAAAGGUGGGUAUCCAUAUUGAUGUUGGAGAGAAAGAAAAUCAGUUACUGAUCCCACCCACUGCCAUAAUCACCUCUGCAUUGUCUUUUACUUGUAAGAUUUUUGGACAAAAAAUGUCUUUCUCGCUGAAAACAAAAUUAUUUUUGAGAAUUUUCAAAAUGAUGUCUGUUAGCAUCAGAGCACUGACGUACAGAAAGUGAACAUGCUACAUAUCGGCUAACAUUUCUGCAUUGAAAUGUCUAAAACAGCUAGACCUGUUAUAUAUUUUAUUGAUUAUCCCAAAUGCUUCCAGUGCAGCAGGUUGGAAAUGCUGUCUGUUAGUUGCUAUUUAAACAGACGCUGAUUAGUCUUCACAUCAAGGUAGUACACUUUCACGUCAGUAGAUGGUGCUGUGGUGCUGCUGGGGAUCCAUUUAGGAGACUGUCGCUAUGAGCUCAGCUGAUGAACAGCUCAGAAAUGAAUAACCUCUGACCCCAAAGUCCUCUCUCUGUAGAUCCAUGAACUGUUUAUAUGUCGGCUUUGUUGUUGUCAACAUGUUUGCUGGGAUGUGUGUGUGCUUUAACUAUUUGUAGCAAGUAUAAAACAUACAUUUGGCUCUCUGA